AUGGAGACCUGUGUUCUUAUCCCACCAGAGUUUAGCCUAGUUUUGAGCACCAUGAAUACGGAAAAGAAUUCUAACAGCUUGUAUGAAAUGGGUGUCAAAGUGUGGAGUAACCAACUGAUACCACAAGGAACCACGUUUUCUCCAUUCCAAGGCACAAUACGACUUGAUAGACUAGAAGUAUACAGUGUUCUUCAUGACAAUGAUGUGCGAAACAGAUUUGGUUGCUACGAUCAGAUCCAAGUCGUGGAAAACCGUAAAGUACGACACUGCAACUGGAUCCGCUUUCUUCGAUGUUCACCUACGGUGACAAGUGAUGUCAACCUGGUUGGCCGAGCAAGCCGCGAUGACAUAACUUAUGAAUGUAUUCGACAGGUGGCUCCCAACACCGAACUGGUUGUUCAUUACGAAGAAAACCGAGAAAGGACGCAUUUCUUUGGGCUUACCUCAAACCUUCUAACUAGUCCAUUUCAAAGUAACGUUUGUAGACAAGCAAUUGAAGAAAGUCCGUUGGAUUUAUCUAUGUCGUUGGUGUCUUCGCCGUCUGUGACAGUUUCCGGUGAUUUCGACAAACCUCACGAUUUAAGUAAAAGUUCUAUGUCAAGCUUACAAACGUCCCCGGAUACUCCUCUCUCUACAAAUGAAAACUUCGCUUGUCAGCCAUUAGUCGAUCUCAGGCCCGUCAAGAAACCACGAGAGCGGACAUUCCUUCCUUGUGAUUAUUGUGGAAAGUCGUUUGAUCGACCAUCUCUCCUCAGGAGACACCUGCGUACACAUACAGGAGAGAAACCCCAUGUUUGUGAUGUGUGUGGCAAAGGAUUUAGCACGUCCAGCUCUUUGAACACCCAUCGUCGUAUUCACUCGGGUGAAAAACCCCAUCAAUGCCCCAUAUGUGGUAAAAGAUUUACUGCCAGUUCAAACCUUUACUACCACCGUAUGACACACAGCGCUGAAAAACCGCACAAGUGUAACAUAUGUGCCAAGUCGUUCCCCACUCCCGGAGACCUGAAGAGUCACAUGUACAUACACAACGGCUCUUGGCCGUUCAGAUGUCACAUAUGUGGGCGUGGAUUCAGCAAGCAGACGAAUCACAGAAACCAUUUGUUUCUUCACACUGGAGACAGACCACAUGUUUGCAAGGUAUGCCAUAAGAGAUUCGCCCUAGCCUGCAACCUUCGCGCCCAUCUAAAGACUCAUGAAGAUUCACAGCAAGGGAAGUGUCAUCGCUGUGGUCGCCUGUAUCCCGUUGAUAGGGGCCUUGUGACGUACGGUUGUUGCUACGAGUGCUAUAAUAAUAAUCAAGGAAUUCCACUGAUUGGUCAACCUCAUCAUCGUUACCUACAAAUACUUCACUGA